GCCAUGAAUGAAAUGUGUGUUUCGCAUGAUCCGGUGUUUUAAUAUAUAAAAUAUAUACGUUUAGUAAAGUUGGAAAUGUUAGCCUUCGCUUCAAACGCACUUAAAUGUAUUCAAAAGUUGAUCGUCGGUGAUAAUAUACAACGUGAGGUCAGACCACAAAAAAGACAGCGAACUUACGAAAGCUAUUCAGAUUUUGAGGAGAAUUUUGGGGCUUGUAAUAAAAAAUUCAAGUCUGAUGAUGAAAAUGUAAAAUACCCUGUUUCAAGUCAACGGAAUGGAUUAAAUGGUAGUGAAAUUGACAGAAUUUCUUCAGGUAUGUCUGAAUCAGUUCCAUCUGGUACCAGCCGCAAAGAGAGGAAACAAAUGAAACCUGCACGGGGAAGAGGAAGAGAAACCCACCAUGAAAAGAAACAAGUAAAAUUUAACUGGAAUAGAACAGAAAAGGGGAACUCGAUGAGUCUUCCAGUUCAUAAUGAUUGGUUUGGAAGGUACAGAUCUAACCCAAAUUCUGAAGCCACCAAUGUUGACUGUCGAUCAAAAAACUUCUCUACUGAGAAGUGCUGCGUCUAUAGCAAGAUAUUCAACAAAGACAAAGCAAAUAUAAUGCACAGGAAAAAAAAGUUUACCCUACAGGAGGGUUUAUCUAGAAAGAAUGAACAAGAGGGAGCACAUACAGGCGAGGGAGCGGAGCAACAUGGCAGAUCAACCAGGAAACUCCAUAUCAGAAAGUUUCUGCACUGUUUUAAUGGUGUAUCUAUCGCAAGUGAAAUAUUUUUGGAAAAGGAAAAAUAUGAUUCUCGUGCCCGCAAGACAUCACGUGAGAUUGAGGAGGUUGAAAUUAAAUUGAAGAUUUUGAAAGAAAGACGAGAGGCACAUGAUUCUAGUAUAGAGCAGAGGAUACAAGAACGUAUGCGCAUAUCUGAGAAGGAAAUCGGAGUCAUUGAUGACAAAUAUGUCUCCUUUGAUGAUGAAGAAGAAGAGGAGGAGGAGGAGGAGUUGCCAGAAUUAUCAGACUCCAUGGAAAUGGAAGUUGAUGAUGCUUUUAUAUCCCAUCCAUCAACUCAGAUAUUAGUUGAGGGUUUCCGCUUGUCAAUCACCAGAGGGGACCUGCAAACUCUGAAUGGAUUAAACUGGUUGAAUGAUGAGGUUAUUAAUUUUUAUAUGAAUUUGUUAAUGGAAAGAGGGCAGAAACAAGGUUACUUAAAGGUACAUGCCUUCAAUACAUUUUUCUACCCGAAACUCAUCAGCGGAGGACAUUCAGCACUUCGUCGAUGGACCAGAAAAAUUGAUUUAUUCAGUAUGGAUUUAAUACUUGUACCUGUCCACUUAGGCAUGCAUUGGUGUUUAGCGGUUAUAAAUUUUUGUACAAAAACAAUAGCAUAUUACGACUCCAUGGGUGGUGAAAAUAAGCAGUGUCUCAAUUCACUCAGGGAAUAUCUAUGUGCCGAGCACAGAGACAAAAAGAAAAGUGAAUUCAGCAGUAUUAAGGAGUGGAAACUUGAGGUACAACAGGAUAUCCCUCCACAAAUGAAUGGAAGUGAUUGCGGAAUGUUCACCUGUAAAUACGCCGAAUAUAUAACGAGAGGUUCAAAGAUAACUUUCACACAGGCACACAUGCCAUAUUUCCGUCGGCGAAUGGUCUGGGAAAUUAUUCACAAACAGUUGCUACAGUAAAGUUUAGUCAUAUUUAUUGACAAAAAAAGGAUAUAUUUAUACAUUCACAUAUAUUAAUAUUAAAAUUUUAAAAAAUGAAAUUGUUUUUGCUGUAGAGAGCAAGUCCAAGAAAAUUUUGUAUCCAUAGAUAUUUUUUUUAAUGUAUUUGGUCGUUAUAGUAAUGUCUGUUUCUAUGGUGUUUCAUCUUGUUGGGGUUCUUAGAAACUCAUUCCUCAUAAUUUAUUUAUUUUUUUGAGUUGAAAUAUUCAUGUCUCAUUUUAUUAUCUAUCAUAUUAUUACUGUCUGGCCCACUGUGUCAAAAAAAGAGGGGGUGGCUUUUGCACAUUGUUUAAAUUCUAUUUUUGUAAACUGUAUAAACUGUUCAAUGUAGUGUAAUUUCAAUAUUUUAAUUAGUGUACAGACAAUAUGGUGAUUGGCACAGAUUUGUGUGACUAUGUCUCCGCGGGUUGAUUUUUAUACUGGUAUAUAUCACCAUUAAAGAGGGGGGGGGGUCAUUGAUAACAAUGCACACUAAAACUACAAAAGCUUAUAAGUAGUCAUUUUCAUGUUUGUAAACAGCAGUAUGCUAAGAUCGCCUGUGGCAGGAACAGGUGACGACCCCACUUUGAUAUUGCUGGGCAAUAAUUUAUGUGUGUUGAGGACGCUUUCCAUAAAUGCAUUGUAGGCUUUUUGUUCAGGUGCUACAGAAUCAAAUCGAAAUUUGAAGUUCAUGUCUGGUUUAGUUGUUUUUAUGUGAAUCAAAAUGUUUUGCUGAUGUAAAUAAUGU